GCUCAGAGCUGGGAUUUGAUUGCCGGCCUGGAGAUUUCCAUAUACCUCGGGUGCUGCCUUAAAAAAAGGGAGGGGAGAGAGAGAUACGCUGUAUAAUACUCCUUUGAAAGUUGACUUCACCAGCACCCACCCACACUCUGUUUUUCCUUUGUUUUAUGAGGCCGAGCCCCUUGUUCUGAUACAUUGGAUUCACGAUAUCUUCCCCCGCGCUUUAGCCCUUAGCAUCUCCUUCCCUUCCUUUCUCAGAAGUAUCUUCAGCGUUAUUAAGGGUAUCUGCCUAUUUAUUUAAAAUGUGACCAGCAUAGCUGCAUUCCAAACAUACUCUCUGAUGAAAACAAAGCCAAAAAUCAAAAGGAACCCCAAUGCCUACAAUAAUACCUUGAUUAUUGGACUAAUAGACUACCUCACGAACCCCACUAUUUUAACAUAACCACCUAUUUUUACUUUUGUAGGACCUUGUCCAGAUGCAUACUUUCUUUGAUGUUGUUGUAAUUGUGGUGAACUUACAAUUUCCUGUUCUGUCACUUCCCCCUUACUCUGUGUCAUAGAUGUCCCAUAAAUAACCUUGGGACCUCAGCCUUUAUUGGUCCAGUUAUGAAUCUGAGAAAUUUUAGUCAACCUGCCAGCCCUUUCUUGGCCUGAGGCAAACUUCUUCCAGAAGUUGAUUGAGUCUUUUUUUGAACCAUGAAGAGGGUCUUCUGCUUUUUGUGUGUGACACUGGGCCUUGGAGCCUAUGACUGUCUCUUAGAGAUGAUUUUGGGGUCCCUCUUAGUAACCUUUGAGAAGAAUUCCCUCGGUAGAGCUAACGAUAUAUUCUGGUUAAUGAGGUAAAUGGGGUCUGAAGACUAUUUCAGCCCUGUUUUCAUGGUGACUCUGUUUUCUUUGCAGUGGUCUUUAGAUUUGGCCCCAGUUCAGCCUCUGUCUCAAUUACAUCCACUGAGAAAAUCAGAGCAUGUCAAGCUUGCCAUUCACUCAUCUUAACUCCACUGGCCAGAGGCUGUGGGGUGAGGAACGUUGAUGAAGAAUAGACAUUGGCUGCUUGUGUGUCUGGAGGGGCGGGAGGCUAUGCAUUUUUGUUGCCUGGAAGCAGCUGGAGUGUGGUGCCAAGGUUAGAGUCAGAAUACCUAGGUUCAAAUUCGACUCUGCUUCUAAGUAACUGAGUGACUUGGGAUGAAUUAAUAAAGCUUGAGAAUAUGUUUCCUUAUCUGAAAAAUGGGAUUAGCAACCUCUGCCCAGGCUUCGUAGGGAUUACAUUAGACCAAGCAUCUGAAAGCACCCAGACAAAUGCUUGUGCGUAAACAAUUAGUAAUGUGUGGAAUGGAAUUGGAGGCUAAAUCCUCAACAUGGGCGUUUUCAGUGAGUCUCCAUUGAGUUAGAGUGACUGAAUAAUUCUGGGAUUUUGUUUUUCAAAAUGACGGAUGUUGGAUCUGCAUUGUGACCUUGGAAAGAAAUGUGACAGCAUUUUCAGUGAGGAAGGUGGGUGGCAAGGAGAGAGGGUGAACUGCGUGAGGUGAAACCAAAAAAAUCGCGUCUGGUCUUGAGCCGGCUGCAAACCCUAACCCAUGGGGAUUCAAGGAAGACUUGAGAUCAUGAUUCUGGAAGGAAGUGGUGUAAUGAAUCUCAACCCCAGCAACAACCUCCUCCACCAGCCGCCGGCCUGGACAGACAGCUACCCCACGUGCAAUGUUUCCAGCGGGUUUUUUGGAGGCCAGUGGCAUGAAAUCCAUCCUCAGUACUGGACCAAGUACCAGGUGUGGGAGUGGCUCCAGCACCUCCUGGACACCAACCAGCUGGACGCCAGCUGCAUCCCUUUCCAGGAGUUUGACAUCAAUGGCGAACACCUCUGCAGCAUGAGUCUGCAGGAGUUCACCCGGGCGGCGGGGACGGCGGGGCAGCUCCUCUAUAGCAACUUGCAGCAUCUCAAGUGGAAUGGCCAGUGCAGCAGUGACCUGUUCCAGUCCACACACAACGUCAUUGUCAAGACCGAACAAACCGACCCUACCAUCAUGAACUCCUGGAAAGAAGAAAACUAUUUAUUCGACCCCAACUAUGGUAGCACAGUAGAUUUGUUGGACAGCAAAACUUUCUGCCGGGCCCAGAUCUCCAUGACAACUACUGGUCACCUUCCCGUUGCAGAGUCACCUGAUAUGAAAAAGGAGCAAGAUCACCCUACAAAGUCCCACACCAAAAAGCACAAUCCUCGAGGGACUCACUUAUGGGAAUUCAUUCGAGACAUUCUCCUGAACCCAGACAAGAAUCCGGGGUUAAUCAAGUGGGAAGACCGGUCUGAGGGCAUCUUCAGGUUCUUGAAAUCAGAGGCCGUGGCACAGCUCUGGGGGAAAAAGAAAAACAACAGCAGCAUGACCUACGAAAAACUCAGCCGAGCCAUGAGAUAUUACUACAAAAGAGAGAUUCUGGAACGUGUGGAUGGAAGAAGACUGGUAUAUAAAUUUGGGAAGAAUGCACGUGGAUGGAGGGAAAAUGAAAACUGAAGCUGGUAACACCUCGAACACAAACCCACCCCAAGUGACAACCAAUCAAGAAGUCCUCAGACAUAAAUAUUUCAAAGACUACUUUUCUCUGAUAUUUAUGUACUUUGAGGGGAAAAUGAAACCACAUCUACUUCUAAUGGGAAGAAGGAACAGGACCGUUGAUAAAAAAUUAUUUUGUUACUUUUGAAGUAUGUCCUAUAUGGGGAACAAACGUACACAGUUUUCUGUGACAUAUGAUGCUCUAUGUGGUUUGUGAUUUGUCGUUGCCUGCAUUGUGAAGUUCUUUUCCGCUGCAAGAAGAACAGUUUGUAGCCUUGUGCUUCUUGCUAAGGAAAAAAAAAAAAAAUCAGAGGGCAUUAAAUGUUUUUUUAUGCAGAAUGAUUUAGGAAAAGGAGAUGUGUCCCCCCCACAGAAGCAUCCAUCCACGUGGCCUUGUCAAGAGAGGUGAGCAUGGUUGCCAGGAUGCACAUCGGGGUCUCAGCUUGAUGGGCUGAACCAGGAGGAUGCUGGGAAGUUUAACCUGACCUUCAGGAGCCUGUGAGUGGAGAAGGAGGACUUCCAAAACCCCGGGCGGACUGUAAUCACUGCAUAAUCACAUGGCUUUCAUGUUUAAAUCAGCGAGAAGAAAAAUGGUGGAGGGGCUUUAUACUCGUUCAGGAAUGAUUUACCUGGUGCUAAGGCUCUCUUCCCUUCUCCCCCUUGGAGGAUGGGUGAAAAACAUCAGUUGCCACCUCUGCUAACUGUUAGUAAUUUAAGAGAAGGUCCAGCCUUGGUUAUUUUUACCCCAGUUGCUUGCUUUGCUCUGGUACUCCCAAGGUCCAUGGUUUCUCAAUUGGCACAGCUGACACUUUGGCUGUCUUGUUUUUGCUGUAUGUUAUUUGGCUGCCCUGCGUGUUGUGGGAUGUUCAGUAGCAUCCAUGACCUCUAUCUACGAGAUGCCAAUAGCACGCUGGUCCCCGAAGUUGUGACAAUUAAAAUAUCUCCAGACAUUGCCAAGUGUCCCCUGAGGUGCAAAAUUGCCCUUGAUUGAGAACCACUGAUUGAGCCAAUCAAGAGGAUGGUGGUGAUCAAUUCUCAGAACAGCAGAAAAAUAAGACCUUUUAGUCUUGAGAAGGAAGCAAAAGCAAGACAUUAAAGUCCACCUAGUUUUAAACAUUUUAAAAUUAUAGUUGAUUUACAAUGUGCCAAUUAAAGGCAACUUAGUUUUUCACUUUUAAAAUGUUUUGGACAAUGGGUUGAAAUAUCUAGAGGGAUUUCUUUUCAGAACCUCAGGUGAGAGCUGAAGUCAGAAAAACUAAGCAAGAGCUAGCAAUAGAACACAUUUUCACAGAGUAACAAUUAUAUUGCAAAAGGAAAUCCUGAGAGAAGAAUGUAUAUGUGAGAGAAAGAGGGAGGGAGGGAGAGGGAGAGAGAGCUAGUUAUUAGUUCCUGGGAAAAAUCUUUGCAGAUGUUAAUUCUUACAAUUUUUCUUCUUUUGGAUAAUCUCUUUCCUGUCUCAUCUUAACUCAUUCCAAAGCGAAUGAUGUCUUGCCUAGAUUUGCAUCCAGAGGAAUAUAUAUACAUAUAUACGUAUACAUAUAUGUGUGUAUAUAUAUAUGUGUAUAUACAUAUAUGUAUAUAUAUGUAUAUAUGUAUACAUAUAUGUAUAUAUAUAUAUAUUUUUAAAGACAAAGAAAAGAAAGGAAGGAUGGAAGAGAAAAAACCAGAAAACUCAGUUCAGGAGCUCUGGUCAGUAAGGAGCUGGAGACUUUGCAGUGAAGGCUUUGCUCUGGGUACUUAGAGACUUAUCACCAGACCCUGAAAUCUGGGAGGAACGUGAGCCUGGAGGCACUUCGAAAAUGAGUUUGAACAUCCAGAUCCCUUUUGCAGCUUUGCUCUUUGGCUCCCCACGUCCUUGGCCUUGUCCUCCCUCCUGCCUAUUUUGAAUUCAGGGACAAAGACAUGUACCAAUAAGAAGGCGUGCUCUUCUCAUGUACUGAUGGGGUACUUACUCAGCUGAGAUAAGCUCAAAGGCUGCAGAGUUUUGUAAUAGAUUCAGAAGGUUGUUAGUAUGAAGAAUUAAGAAUUUUGUCCUAAUUAUAAUGAGAGCCAUUAUGGCUGGUGGCCUUAGCACAUAGCUUAGUGAAAUCAAUGCCCUUCUAAAGGUCCCACCAAGUUGUUUAUCUUUCUGCCUGGCUUGGUCAUCUCCACGAAGGUGUUACUCAGUGUUGUCAAGGAGCAGUCACUGAGGGAACUGAAAUGACAGUGAGCAGCCCAGAUCUGAGACCUUCCUGCCUAAAAGACACAUCGUGCUUGCCAAGCAAGGCUAAGGAACCACGAGGCUUUCCAGCAUCUGAUUACACUUCACACAGAAUGACUUAAACCUGCAGAUAUUUGAAUUAGUGUAAGCGCACAAAUGUUUGUGUGUCUGUGUCUGUGUCUGAAUUGUGUGAACUUAUUAGGGACGUCUUCUCACUUGCUCUCUACUCUUCCAUCCCUGGUUUUGCCUAUUCAUCAUUAAGCUGCCUGGAUCCUUCUCUGAGCCGGCCCUUCCCCAACCUGUAAGUUUCUCACAUUCCUCCAGACUGGCCUUGGCUCCUUUGGCACCCUCCUCUCUCACUGAGGAGCAAUCCUCGUUAGGUAGUGAGUGAGUCUGGGGCAUACUGACUGGAACACUGCAGACAGUUAGCAGAUUGUGUUAUUUGUUGAAAGUGACAGUUUCUGGCAGCUGGUUCCUGCUUCAAUAGGAUGGCAUAUGAAAUUCUCAGCGUAUCUAUUGUCUUGGCUUGAGUUUGAUGCAUUUGUUACAUGUUGUUCAUGACUUAGACAACUCAAGACAAUUGAGCCAUGCCAACUUGGGGUGUGAACAGAAUCCUUCCCACCAUGGUGUUGCAAAGGAGAGCAAGGUCCCAGAGACAAGCCAGUAUCAGGUGAAACCCCCUUCUUUUGGGGACUCACAGUUUCUCACUUGAGACGCUCAUCUGAGCUGAAUGCUCCUAUGGUCACCACACAUGGUCUCCUUAAACCCUCCUUAAGAAAAGGCUUUGGCUCUUAUUUGUCCCCCUGCCUAUGGGAACCUGAGGGAGGAAAUGUAUUGCUAAGACUUUACCAGACUCAGAUCAUCUGAGGCUUCUAGAUAUUUGACUUAAUAAAAUUUGAGCAGUGUCCUGUCUCCCGGGAACAUACCUACAGCAUCUUGAACUUGCUUUCUGAGCAGGGCAGACCCAGGUGAUGAUGAGUUUGUCUUUGAAUAUGUUUGUCCUUCUUCAAAUCCUUACCUCGCUAGACUGUAAACCUUUUGAGGGCAGGGAUGAUAUCUUAACAACAUUGCUUUCCCGGUACCUGGCAUGAUGAGACAGGUCCUCACUAAUUAUAUGUUAAUGAACGAAUGUCUCCUAGAAGACGACUCAGCUUAGGAGGCCGUAUCCACAAUCGGGACAUGAAUUGUUGCUUCCCUGGAUGAACUGGCCCAAACUUCAAGGACAUGUUAUCUAUCAGAUGAACAUUUUACUGUGAGACUCUUUCCUUUGCCUUCCUCCCUGCGCUGAAGUGAAAGCAAGAUAGGGUUUGGUUCUCCAAGUCAAUAUUCGUUGUGAGCGUAUUCUGUCACCUUACUAGGAACUGUGAGACUUUAUCUGGUGUAAGAAGCCAGCAAUGAACUUUUAACCUGUUUUAACCAAUGAAGAGUACGAACGUGUUUAUAUGAUGUAAAUUGCUAUUUAAGUAUAAAGCAGUUCUAAAUUUUAGUAUUUUUGGGUUGGUUUGUAUUUUCUUUUUGAAAAAUACUGAAGGGUCUUUUGAUAAAGUUAGUCAUGCUCGCUAGAUUUUAGUUUUACAAGUGUGUUGUUUUUCAAAUGUAAAAAAAAAAAAACCUAGGAGAAGUUAAAACAGUAAGAGGGAAAGGCAAUUAUAUUAUUAUCCGAUAGUUAAAAAAAAGUUUGUGGCGCGCCUACCGUGUGAACAGCCUGGAGCCGUAUUUGUGAGGAGCUUAUCAAAGAAUGGGGUGUGAUCGAUACUCCACAGAAGCCCACUGGAGAGAUCCUUCCUGUUUCCUGUGUGUCAGUGGGAAGAGCAAUCACAAGAUCAGAGCUCAGUUAGCCCCAGCACUGCUUCCCAGGACUCCAUUUCUGGAAUAAGAGAUAGAAAGAACAUUGUAUAAAUACUUAUUGAGAAGGUGGCUCAAGAACCACUGAACUAUAGGCACCUUCACCAGUUUAGCUGAACCGGGGGAUGGAGCUUUCUGUAACUAUCUGCAUAAUUCCUGCUUCUCUUCCCAUUGGCUUCUGGGUUGACAAUUUAUGGAAAACAACCCUACUGCCACUAUUUUUUUUUUUAAGUCAGAAAUCUUGCCCUGCAAACUAUGUUAAAUUCAAACUGAGUAGUUCUGUUUUAUGAAAGAAUUAUAUUUUUCAAAAUAUGGGGUUUUUUUGUUUGUUUGUUUGAUGGGUCCCAGAAAACACUAAUAAAAACUACAGAGACUAGCC